AUGACUCUAAAGCCCUCUUUGAGGACCCUUGCACAGUCAUACACAAGCCAAACUCUCAAACAAUACCAGCUUUCAUAUCAUACCAAGCCUCUCUGCCACCUUCACGCGAUUGCCUUCUCUCCAAAAAAGGAGAGCUGCGUGUCUGAAUCAAGAAAUUCUGUAAUUGCACACCACCUGGUCGACAAAACUCCCCAGAGAGACCUUUUGGAAUACAAUCACUUCCUUUUCGAGUAUUUUCGCAAUGACCGCAACAAUGAAGCGAUUAACCUCUUUAUGGGUCUUUGGCGGUCUGGUUUGCGAGUUAAUGGGUCGAUCCUGUCUUCUGUUCUUAAGGUUUGUGGGUGCUUGUCUGAUCAAGUUGCGGGUAGACAACUGCAUUGUCAAUGUGUAAAAUCUGGGUGUGCAGAGGAUGUCAGUGUUGGGACCUCUCUUCUUGAUAUGUAUAUGAAGACUGAAGGUGUUAGAGAUGGAAGGAGAGUCUUUGAUGAGAUGGGGGACAGAACUGUAGUGUCAUGGACUUCCCUGAUUGCAGGUUAUGCAAGAAAUGGGUUGAAUGACCAGGCAUUGGAGUUGUUUUCAGAGAUGCGACUAGAAGGAAAUAAGCCUAACCCGCAUACAUUUGUGAAUGUUCUUGGAGUUUUGGCAGCUAAAGGUAUGGUUGAGAAGGGAAGUCAGGUUCAUACCAUGGUGAUAAAGAAUGGCUUUGAGUCAAUUACGUUUGUGUGCAAUUCUUUGAUUAAUAUGUAUCUAAAGUCGGGGAUAGUUGAGGAUGCUAAAGCUGUUUUUGAUUGUAUGCCGAAUAGGGAUGCAGUUACUUGGAAUAGUUUGAUUGCGGGUUAUGUGAUAAAUGGGCUCGAUUUGGAAGCUUUUGAAAUGUUUAAUCAGAUGGGGCUUGCAGGUGUUAAGUUCACACAACCGAUAUUUGUUACUAUCAUUAAGUUAUGUGCUAAUUAUAAAGAAUUGGUUUUUGCAAGACAACUUCAGUGCCGUGUUCUGAAGAGUGGGUUGGCAUUUGAUCGCAAUAUUAAAACAGCACUUAUGGUGGCUUAUAGUAAAUGCAGUGAAAUGGAUGACGCUUAUAAAAUGUUUUCUAUGAUGCAAGGUUUUCAAAGUGUGGUAACUUGGACUGCCAUGAUCAGUGGGUACUUGCAGAAUGGUGGAACAGAACAAGCAGUGAAGUUAUUCUGUCAAAUGAGUAGAGAAGGUGUUAAACCAAAUGAUUUCACUUAUUCUGCCAUCCUUAUGGCCCACCCUUCUUUUUCUACAGGCCAAGUACAUGCACAAGUCAUCAAAACCAAUUAUGAGAAGUCACCUUCAGUAGGAACGUCACUCAUAGAUGCUUAUGUUAAGAUGCAAAAUGUUCAUGAAGCUGAAAAAGUUUUUCAUAUAAUUGAUGAGAAGGACAUUGUGGCAUGGUCAGCAAUGCUUUCUGGAUAUGCUCAAAUAGGAGAUACUGAGGGAGCUGUUAAAAUUUACCUCCAGUUGGCAAGGGAGGGGGUCAUACCUAAUGAGUUUACCUUGUCUAGUAUCAUUAAUGCUUGUGCUGCACCUACUGCAGCAGUAGAGCAGGGGAAACAGUUUCAUGCAUGCUCAAUUAAACUAAGGUUGAAUAAUACUUUAUGUCUAAGUAGUGCUCUUGUCACCAUGUAUGCAAAAAGGGGGAAUAUUGAGAGUGCAAAUGAAGUUUUCAAGAGGCAAGGAGAGAGAGACUUAGUUUCAUGGAACUCAAUGAUCUCUGGUUAUGCUCAACAUGGUAAUGGGAAGAAGGUUCUUGAAGUAUUUGAAGAUAUGCGUAGAAAAAAUUUGGAAAUGGACGGUAUAACAUUCAUUAUCAUGAUCUCUGCCUGUACUCAUGCAGGCUUAGUAGAUGAAGGUAAAAAAUACUUCAAUAUUAUGGUCCAAGAUUACCAUAUCGAUCCAACAAUGGAGCACUAUUCUUGUAUGGUUGAUCUAUACAGCCGAGCAGGAAAUCUUGAAAAGGCCAUGGAUAUCAUAAAUGGAAUGCCAUUCGAAGCUGGUGCAAAUGCAUGGCGAGCUCUCUUGGGUGCUUGUCGUAUUCACCGCAACAUAGAGCUGGGAAAACUCGCGGCAGAAAAGCUCAUUGCGCUUCAGCCACAAGACUCUGCCGCAUAUGUUCUCCUGUCCAAUAUCUAUGCCGCAGCUGGAAACUGGCAAGAGAGAGCUAAAGUGAGGAAACUGAUGGAUGAGAGAAACGUGAAAAAGCAACCCGGGUAUAGCUGGAUUGAGGUGAAGAACAAGACCUACUCAUUUUUGGCUGGUGACCUUUCACAUCCCAUGUCAGACCUUAUAUAUUCAAAACUUGAAGAGUUAAAUAACCGAUUGAGUGAUAUGGGUUACCAGCCGGACACAAAUUAUGUGCUUCAUGAUGUUGAAGAGGAACACAAAGCAGCCUUUCUUUCUCAACACAGUGAAAGGCUAGCAAUUGCUUUUGGAUUGAUUGCCAAACCUCCAGGGUCUACUAUCCAGAUUCUGAAAAAUCUUAGAGUAUGUGGAGACUGUCACGCAGUUAUUAAGUUAAUUUCGGUGAUUGAAGCAAGAGAUAUUGUUGUCAGGGAUUCAAAUCGAUUCCACCACUUUAAGGAUGGUUUAUGCUCUUGUGGAGACUAUUGGUGA